AACCAAAUCCAUGAGCGAUUACCAUGUCAGGCCCAAUUUCCAAUGACUGGUUCAAUUUCUAUCAACAAGGCUUUCCCGCCCCUUCUUCCGUUUCCGAGGCUACAGCCGUCACAACGACCGCCGUGCCGGCCCAGUUAAGCCCGGAAGGGCGAGUCUCGAAGCCCAUGAGACGGCGCUCCCGGGCCUCAAGGCGAACGCCCACCACUUUGCUGAACACGGACACCACCAACUUCCGAGCCAUGGUGCAACAGUUCACUGGAGCUCCUUCUGCGCCGGGACUUUUUGGGCCCCGCGCAGUCCCUGUGAACCCAAAUGGGCUCAUGUUGGCCCCUUCUCAACACCUUUACCAGCCGCAGCACUACACAUGCACAGAAGGUGGAGAGAAGGGUUUUGUUGAGAGAGGAACAGUUACAGCUCCAAAUGAUGUUACUUUCAUGGAACAUGGAGGCUCUUUCUUCCCAACUACCACUCCUUGAUUCACCCAAUGGGCUGCCCCCACCCGCACCACACUUUUUCACCUCCAUCUUAUUUUUUUCCUUCAAUUCCACCUAUGUUUUUAUUAUUAUUACUAUUAUUAUGCUAUCGUAUUCUAUAUGCCCUCCUCCCACUUGCUUUAAGCUUUUUUCUUUAUUUUCAUUUUUAUUUAAAUUUCUGUUUUUUUUUUUUUUUUAUAUGUGAAUCUUGAUCGGGACUUUUCUCUUUUAGGAGUCCUAGCCCGAUUCUAGUUCAAUUAUUUUGGAUCCGGUCAUUUCGAUCGAUGCAGGAUAUGCCAACACGUGCAAAUUCUUUUACGUAUGUUGACUUGCUUC